AUGAUUACUCCAAGCGACCGUAUUAAUGAAAAUAAAGAGUACAAAAACUCUUUUUAUGUCGAUGACGAAAAGUUGUUUUGUACUUUCUGUAAAGUUAUAGUAAACCAUCGAAACAAGUUUUUACUUGAUCAACAUUUAAACACUAGUAAGCAUAGAUUAAACGAAUGUAAAGCAAAAGAUCCAGAAGGAACAAGUCAAAUUACCUUUGAUUCUAAUACUUGUUGGGAAGAACGUGAGAUGAUUAAUGUAGAUCUGGUUCACGCCUUGACACAAGCCAACAUUUUGCUUGAAAAAAUUGAUAAACUUAAACCAUUUUUAUUGAAACAUUGCAAGAACG